GUCUCUUGCACGACGUACGCCCUAAGCGACCAUUGCCGAUCUCUCGACUCAUUAGUGAACGGUAAAUCGAACGUGUGUCUUUCAAUCAGCAUCCUAAUCAGAGCCUUCAACCCUUUGCACUCCGAGAAUCUUCUCGAAAGCAACGACUAACUCGAGUAAGGUAACGCUAAAAACGAAUCAAGAUGUGUGAUGAUGAUGUUGCGGCACUAGUCGUGGACAAUGGGUCCGGUAUGUGCAAGGCGGGAUUCGCUGGAGAUGACGCACCGCGUGCUGUCUUCCCCAGCAUCGUCGGCCGCCCUCGUCAUCAGGGUGUGAUGGUCGGUAUGGGUCAAAAGGACAGCUACGUGGGGGACGAGGCGCAGAGUAAAAGAGGUAUACUGACGUUAAAGUAUCCUAUAGAACACGGCAUCAUCACCAAUUGGGACGAUAUGGAGAAGAUCUGGCACCACACCUUCUACAACGAAUUGCGUGUCGCACCCGAGGAACACCCCGUCCUCCUCACCGAGGCCCCCUUGAACCCAAAAGCUAACCGUGAGAAGAUGACCCAAAUCAUGUUCGAAACC